UUCCAUUUUUAAGAGUAACUACAAAUUAAAAAAACAGCACCAGACACAAAAAAAAAAGAGAACAAAAUCCAUGGCCAUAGCAAAGAAGAAAAUCCCAAUGAAGGCUUCAAAUUCAUCUCCAAACGCCCAUCCACCCUAUUUACAGAUGAUCACAGAGGCUAUAACAUCAUUGAAAGAUCGUAGUGGCUCAAGCCAACCAGCAAUAGCAAAGUUCAUAGAAGCUAAGUACAAGGAAUCUCUUCCCCCAAAUUUCAAGAAAAUCCUCUCUGUUCAGUUGAAGAAAUACGUAAAGUCAGAGAAGCUAUUCAAAAUCAACAAUUCCUACAAGAUUUCAGCUAAUUCCCAGAAGGAUAAAACAGUCAAGAAUGGGGUUGAAAAAACUGCAAAAAUGAAGAGAUUGAGCCAAGUAAAGACCCCAGAAGCAUUGAAGAAAAAUGUAUCAACUGCUGCAGCAGGUAAAACUGAUGGCAAGAUGAAGAGGUUAAGCCAAGUAAAGACCCCAGAUAGGCUGAAGAAAACAAAGGCUGUGACUCCUAUGAAGCAGAAGUCUCUUAAAAAAGGAAACAAGUGAGGUGUGCUUUCUUUUUCAGAGGGUGGAAAUAGAAAAAGAAUAAGUCUGGUGUACAUAUUUGUGUGUUCUCACUUCUGUAGUCUCUAGUAGUUAAUGGACACAUGAGAAUGUUUUCAGGUAUUAAAUGCUUAUUUUUGGUCGUUUUGAUUCAAAGAAUUUCUUAAGUUUGCUUUUGGAUGAUGGUGUUGAAUUAGUUUGUAAUAUUAGGAGGUCUUCAAUUGAACAGACACAUUUGUUCGUGAAAGAGCAUGACUUUUCUGAAAAGUUAUCUCUCUAGUUUCAUAAAUAUAAGAACACUCCUGAAGUAGCGUAAGAAAUUCUGCAGUAACAUUUUGGCUUUAAGGAAUCUUGAAGGAAACUUUCUGUAUCCCCUAAGAAUAUGGGGGCAAUAUUUCUUUAAGAACAGUGAAUUUUUCAUGCGUCAAAGUUUUCUUCUUCUUCUUCUGUAAAUUAUUCAAACAGAUGGAAACUGUCGUUGAGAUGUGUAGUGUGAUGAAUGGGUGAACAAGGUUUUAGGUUCAACCUUUGCGAAUGCAGAAACUCUUAUAGGCAGCACUUUUUUUAAUAGGUUCUACGUGACACAAAUCUGAAUUAAUUGGGCUAGUAAUUUUUAAUGGAUAUACAACUUGUAUGCGUGUCAAUUCUUAUGAAAAAAGAAAGAUGGUGAGAAGAAGAAAAUGAGCUAGCUCAUGCUUAAGCUUAAUUAUGAUAUGAUAUGUGGAGUAUUAACUUGUAUACUGCUUAAUUAAUUUCUGAAUUAAAUGGCAACAACAACAAUAACAUACUCAGUGUAAUUCAACAAGUGAAGUCUGAGGAGGAUACAAUGUAUACAGACUUUAUUCUUACCUUGGAAGGUAGAGAGUUUGUUUCCAUAAGACCCUCGGUCAAGAAAAAGCAUGAAAAAAAAGGUUCGAAUUCACAAAAGUUCCGAAUUAAAUAAGUGCCACUAUAAUAGUAUGCUUGAUGUAGAACUUGACUAAUAUUGUGAGCUUGGUUCAAAAUAUCACAACAUAAACUUGUGAGUGUCCAGCGAAAUAUCAGCUAAGAGGAAGGAUAUCUUAUUUGUCUAUUUCUCUUUUCUAUUUUGUCUUUCUUUUCUUUGUAUUUUUAUUAAGUGCAUUCAAUAGCUGUUAGGCCUAAAAUAUGCCUGGAAUCUCUUGGCAAAAGGAAAAAUACAUUCCAUGUGCUCUCACCUUACAACUAUAAUGACGGAAUAAUUAUGUCAUAUAGAACAAGAUCAUACUCCCUACCGAUAAAAAAAAAGUCCAUUUAGCCAUUUGUACACCCCUUAAGAAAAUACUAACUUCUAGACAAAAAUAAGUAAUUUGACUAAACUAUCCCUAAUUAAAUAGGUAUUGGGAUUUGAUCAUAUAACACUUAAUAGGGGCAAAUAUGAAAAAACAAGGUUAAUUUUUUCUUGAUUUGAUAAGUGGACACUUUUUUUUAUCGAAGAAAAAGAAGCUAAGUGAACACCUUUUUUUUUAUCGAAGAGAGUACUAAUUAAAGUAAGAAGCUAUUAGUUCUUGAUACUCCCUCCAAUGUACACUACUCCCUCCGUCUCAAAAUAUUUAUCAUUUUAUUUACUCAAGACAAAAUUAAGUAGAUUUUUUCCAUUUUACUCUUGUACUAAUUACAUUAAUGGGCUGAUUUGUGAGUUACUUACCAACACUUAAGAAGUUUCAUCAUUAGUGGAGUAAAUAUUUAUUGAGGAGAGAGAACAUGAUGAAAUAUGUUAAGAGGAUAAAUACUAUAUUAUCUAACAAAUCAUCAUAGGUAUGGAAAACUUCAUUUUCGUUUCUUAAUCUUUUUCUCUUAUGUGGUGAAUGGUGGAGCCAUGAUUAAUUAAUUCAUAAUUGAAGCUAACUACAAAUGCAUGGAGAAUUGACCAAAUUCAUGCGGUUCUUGAUAGCUGAUCGGUUUUUAAUAGUUGAAACUUAUGUGCCCACUUUGACAUCAUUGAUUACACCUUAGUUUAAUAUUUUUAAUUAGGUAAUCUGACAAUGUAAUUUUUCUAUAUUAUCGGUGUAUAUAAAUUAAACUCAUUCGAUAAUUAAACUUCAUUUCCUUUUUGUUCUUUUAGUUUACUUAAUGAAAACGAAGGUGGUGUAAUUCCUUAGCGUUCAACAAUAGCACAACCAACUAUAAUGGGAGUCGAUACACUUCUUUGUUGAAAAUAACACACUCCGUAUAGAUCAAUUUUUUUUUCUUUUGUAUAUACACAAUAUAUUGAAUCCGCUUUACUUCUUCGUAUAUUUACUUAAUUAUAUUUUGAAUCUCCUUAGAAUAUCCUAGUUCCACCAGGCAGGGACGGAGCCAGUAAAGGGCAAGAGGGUUUAUCGAAACUUCGUUCGGCAAAAAAUUGCACUGUAUAUACAAGGUUAAAAUUAUGUUUUAUAUGCCCUACGUAGAAGAUGCUACUACGGCUUUUCUUUUGAUUCUAUUUGUGGGGUUUAUAUAAUUCCGAGUUUAGUUAUUUUA